CUUUUUUGUACCGAGAGAUCUUUUGUCAAGAAGAAAAUCGUGUACCUCUGCCGUGCACUUUUUUUCUAUAUGACCAAUUAAGGCUUUGGGAAUAGGAUCGCUAAGGCGGAGUGCAGAAAGAAAACUGCGCGCCGCAUCACUGUUGUUCCUCCUUGCAGAUUUCACCUAGGUGUCAUACAUACAAACCGCUUUCCUCUGCUCUGCUUUUACGGGAGGCAGGAAGACAGAGCUUCCAGCUGUUUUCUUUAAAUGCACGCCGCACAAAAAGGGGACUACCGAAAAAAAAAAACUGUACACCAAGGACAAGCCGGCUUUUAGGUCCUCAACUGCAGAGGCCACCCCACAAGACAGAAUUUUUCGUAAGAGACAGAAUCGAUAUUAAAAUGAGUAGCGCGCACCCGCGUUUCCACCAGGCAAGCAAUGCCGCUGCUCCUGCCGGCUCAAAAUCUGUUCUAGCGCCUGACAAGGAUGCAGAAAUGCCGGCCACUGAAAAGGAUCUAGCUGAGGACGCCCCAUGGAAGAAGAUCCAGCAGAAUACCUUCACGCGGUGGUGCAAUGAGCACCUGAAAUGUGUGAACAAGCGGAUCGCCAACUUGCAGACCGACUUGGGCGACGGACUUCGGUUGAUCGGGCUGCUAGAGGUGCUCAGUCAGAAAAAGAUGCUUCGAAAGUAUAACCAGCGCCCCACGUUCCGGCAGAUGCAGCUGGAGAAUGUUUCGGUGGCCUUAGAGUUCCUUGAUAGAGAAAGCAUUAAACUGGUGUCUAUUGACUCCAAGGCCAUUGUGGACGGCAAUCUGAAGCUGAUUCUGGGGCUGAUAUGGACAUUAAUUCUACACUACUCCAUCUCAAUGCCUAUGUGGGAUGAGGGGGAGGAAGACGAAGAAGCCAAAUCGAAGACUCCCAAGCAGAGGCUUCUGGGCUGGAUCCAGAACAAGCUGCCUGAGUUACCCAUUGUCAACUUCAGCAAGGACUGGCAGUCGGGCAAGGCCUUGGGUGCUCUUGUUGACAGCUGUGCCCCAGGCCUGUGCCCGGACUGGGACUCCUGGGACCAGAAAAGAGCUAUGGAGAAUGCUCGCGAGGCCAUGAAACAAGCUGAAGAUUGGCUGGGAAUCCCUCAGGUAAUCACCCCAGAAGAGAUUGUGGACCCCAAUGUGGAUGAACACUCCGUGAUGACUUACCUGUCCCAGUUCCCCAAAGCAAAGUUGAAGCCUGGAGCCCCCCUGCGCCCUAAGCUCAACCCUAAAAAAGCUCGUGCAUAUGGACCAGGCAUAGAGCCCACAGGGAAUACAGUGAACAAGAAGGCAGUGUUUACUGUGGAGACAAUCAGUGCCGGGAUAGGAGAAGUGCUGGUGUAUGUAGAGGACCCUGCAGGGCACAAGGAAGAGGCUACAGUAUCACCCAACAAUGACAAGAAUCGCACCUACUCUGUGUUCUACAUUCCCAAAGUUGUUGGACGGCAUAAGGUGACUGUGCUGUUUGGGGGGGUGCACAUUGCUAAGAGCCCCUUUGAGGUGGAUGUAGGUAGGGCUCAGGGAGAUGUCAGCAAGGUGAGCGCCCAGGGUCCUGGGCUUGAGCCAGCAGGCAACGUGGCCAACAAGAGCACCUACUUUGAUGUCUACACAGCAGGAGCUGGAGUGGGCAAAGUAGAGGUGGUGGUCAUGGAUCCCAAGGGCAGAAAGGACACAGUCCCUUGUCACAUUGAGGACAGGGGGAAUAACAGCUACCGCUGCACUUACAAGCCUACCCAGGAGGGGGCACACACAAUCCACAUCACAUUUGCUGGGAGUCAAAUCCCUAAGAGCCCCUACAGUGUCACUGUGGGAGGGGCCUGCAAUCCCAGCCUCUGCUAUGCCAAGGGACGCGGCCUGCAGUCUAAGGGUCUGCGAAUAAAGGAAACUGCAGAGUUCAAGGUGUACACCAAGGGAGCUGGUCCGGGAGAGCUGAAAGUCACCAUCAAAGGGCCGAAGGGCCAAGAAGAACCCUGCAAGAGGAAAGAUCUGGGUGAUGGGGUAUACAGCUUUGAGUAUUACCCCACCACACCUGGAAACUACAGCAUCACCAUCACAUGGUCUGGACAGCACAUACCAAGCAGCCCUUAUGAAAUAAAAGUGGGCGCAGAAGCGGGACCCCAAAGAGUGCGAGCAUGGGGCCCUGGAUUAGAAGGGGGGGUGAUAGGAAAAUCUGCAGACUUUGUGGUGGAAGCUCUGGGAGAUGAUGUUGGCACUCUAGGAUUCUCUGUGGAGGGUCCCUCAAAGGCCAAGAUCGAGUGUGACGACAAGGGAGAUGGGUCAUGUGAUGUGCGGUACUGGCCAACCGAGCCUGGCGAGUACGCAGUACAUGUGCUCUGCGAUGGCCAGGACAUCCAGCACAGCCCCUUCAUGGCUGACAUCAAGCCCUCACCUGGGAAGGACUUCCACCCAGACAAGGUCAAGGCGUACGGCCCUGGUCUCCAAAGCAGUGGACUAGCUGUAAAGAAGCCUACUGAGUUCACGGUGGAUGCCAAGCUUGGUGGCAAAGCUCCUUUGAAAAUAUAUGCUCAGGAUGGAGAAGGCAACCAAGUGGAUGUGAAAGUUAAAGACAAUGGGAAUGGAACAUACAGCUGCAGCUACACCCCCAGCAAGCCUCUUAAACACACCAUUAUGGUGUCCUGGGGAGGGGUUAACAUCCCAGACAGCCCGUUCAGGGUGAAUAUUGGGGCAGGAUGUCAGCCAGACAAAGUGAAAGUCUCUGGACCUGGGGUAGCAAAGAGUGGCUUGAAGGCCCUUGAGCCCACCUACUUCACUGUGGACUGCAAACAGGCCGGCCAGGGGGAUGUGAGCGUUGGGAUCAAAUCUGCUCCAGGUGUGGUGGGGCCUGCAGAAGCUGACGUAAAUUAUGACAUGAUUCGGAACAGCAAUGAAACCUUUACUGUCAAGUACACACCCCCAGGGGCUGGAAACUAUACCAUCAUGGCUCUAUUUGCUGAUCAGCCGGUCCCAGCAACUCCCAUCAAAAUCAAAGUGGACCCCUCACAUGAUGCCAGCAAGGUUAAGGCAGAGGGACCUGGACUCGAGAGGAACGGUGUGGAGCUGAACAAGCCCACCUACUUCACUGUGAACACUAAGGCAGCUGGCAAGGCCAAACUGGACGUUAAGUUCACUGGACCCACCCAAGCUGAGGCAGUUCGUGACUUUGACGUUAUCAACAACAAUGAUGGCACCCACACUGUGAAAUACACACCAGUGCAACAGGGCAACAUGGGUGUAAAUGUAACAUACGGAGGUGAUCCCAUUCCCAAAAGCCCUUUCCCCGUCGUGCUGGCCCCUGCUACGGACCUCAGCAAGAUCAAAGUUUCUGGGUUGGAAGACAAGAUUGUGGUGGGGAAGGAACAGGGGAUUGCAGUCAAGUCCAAAGGAGUUGGGGGGCAAGGCAAAGUUGGAGCUGUGGUCACUGGCCCCACUGGCAGAACUGUACCUAGCAAAGUGGAGACAGGCCCAAGUCCAGAUAUCAGUGUGGUCCGUUUUGUCCCCUGUGCGCCUGGUCCCCACAAGCUAGACAUAACAUAUGAUGGGACCCCCGUCCCUGGGAGCCCUUUCCCCAUGGAGGCUGUCACUCCUGUCGAUGCUUCGAAGGUACAUUGCUCAGGCCCCGGCCUUGAGCAUGCCAAAGUGGGGGAGAUGGGGCAGUUUGUGGUGGACUGCACCAGUGCUGGCCCUGCUGAACUCACCAUCGAGAUCAUUUCUGAUAAUGGAACUGAAGCAGAGGUGCACAUCCAAGACAAUGGUGAUGGGACCUAUUCCAUUAAAUACAUCCCCCUCCACCCUGGUGCCUAUACAUUCACCAUCCGCUAUGGAGGCCAGGAUGUACCAAAUUUCCCUUCCAGACUCAAUGUGGAGCCUGCUGUUGACGCAAGUCAGGUUAAGGUAUUUGGACCUGGAGUAGAAGGAAAAGGAGUCUUUCGGGAAGCCACGACAGAUUUUACUGUGGAUGCUCGUAGUUUAACUAAAUCUGGAGGAAAUCAUGUUAAGGCCCGUAUUAAAAAUCCCUCGGGCAAUUGCACAGAGACCCUUAUCCAGGAUCUUGGGGACGGUACUUAUAAAGUGGAAUAUACUCCUAGUGAAGAAGGCACACACAGUGUGGAAGUGACCUAUAAUGAAGCUCCUGCGCCAAAAAGUCCAUUUCAUGUAACUGUCAGAGAGGGCAGCGAUCCCACACGUGUCAGAGUCCAUGGACCGGGCCUCAAGUCUGGGAUUACAAAUAAAUCCAACCAGUUCAAUGUGCAGACGCGUGGUGCCGGUACUGGUGGGCUUGGCCUGGCCAUGGAAGGUCCCUCUGAAGCUAAGAUGUCCUGCAUCGACAACAAGGAUGGCAGCUGCUCUAUAGAGUACAUUCCCUACAUUCCAGGAACCUAUAACCUCAGUGUUACUUAUGGAGGUCAACCUGUCACCGGUAGCCCUUUCUCUAUUCCUGUCCAUGACACAGUGGAUUCUUCAAAGGUGACAUGUCAGGGACAGGGUCUGGGCAAUAACAUUCGGGCUAAAGUCCCACAGAAUUUUACUGUGGACACCAGCAAGGCUGGACUUGCUCCUCUACAGGUCAUAGUCCAAGGACCCAAAGGUCUGGUGGAACCAGUGGACAUAGUGGACAAUGGAGAUCACACUCAUACAGUCAAUUAUGUCCCAACCAAAGAGGGACCCUACUCUAUCAAUGUUCUGUAUGCUGAUGAACCUGUCCCUUGCAGUCCAUUCAAGGUAAAGGUGCUGCCCACCCAUGAUGCCAGUAAGGUGCGUGCCUCUGGCCCAGGCCUCAACACCACUGGAGUUCCAGCCAGCAUUCCUGUGGAGUUCACCAUUGAUGCCAAAGAGGCUGGCAAUGGGCUGUUGGCUGUUGAGAUCACAGACCCAGAGGGGAAGCACACGAAGCCCAACAUCAAGGACAAUCAAGACGGAACAUACCUAGUUUCUUAUGUGCCUGAGAAGACAGGCCGCCACACUAUCUUACUGAAGUACGGGGAAGACGAGAUCCCCACUUCCCCUUACCGUAUUAGGGCUCUGCCUACAGGGGAUGCCAGCAAGUGCAAGGUCACAGGAGCAGGAAUGGGUCCAAAUAUACAGACUGGUGAGCAGACUCUGAUCACAGUGGAUGCAAAGGCUGCAGGAAAGGGCAAAGUGACAUGCGGCGUAUCCACCCCGGAUGGUGCUGAGGUGGAUGUCAACGUGGUGGAGAAUGAGGACGGCACCUUUGACAUCUUCUACACAGCCCCACAGCCGGGGAAGUACAACAUUUAUGUCCGUUUUGGAGGAGAACUCAUCCCCAACAGCCCCUUCCAGGUCACUGCUGCAGACAGACCAGUGGGCUUGAAUGGGCUUGAUGGAUCAGGACUUCGAUCUGUUGAUCUAGUAAUUCCAUUUUCUGUCCAGAAGGGGGAGAUCACAGGUGAGGUUCGAAUGCCUUCUGGCAAGGUAGCAAAACCCGAAAUCAAAGACAACAAAGAUGGCACCGUAACGGUAAACUUCGCUCCCAAUGAGGCAGGCAUCCAUGAGAUGGACAUCAAGUACGAUAGCAUUCAUAUACCAGGAAGCCCACUGCAGUUCUAUGUGGAUUAUGUCAACAGUGGUCAUGUGACUGCUUAUGGCCCUGGUCUGAUUCAUGGGGUGGUUAACAAGCCUGCUGACUUCACAGUUAACACCAAAGAUGCUGGAGAUGGUGGCCUGUCUCUGGCAAUUGAGGGACCCUCUAAAGCUGAAAUCAGCUGCACUGACCACCACGAUGGUACCUGCACGGUAUCCUACUUGCCUGUGCUGCCUGGGGACUACAGCAUCUUGGUCAAGUAUAACGAGAAGCAUAUUCCUGGCAGUCCCUUUACAGCCAAAAUCGCAGGCGAUGACUCGAUGAGGAUGUCACAGCUCAAGGUGGGGUCUGCAGCUGACAUCCCCUUGGACAUUGGAGAACUGGACCUGAGUCAGCUGACUGCCUCACUGACAGCUCCCUCUGGCCGGGAGGAGCCCUGCCUACUUAAGAUGCUGCGCAAUGGGCAUGUGGGUGUCUCUUUUGUGCCCAAGGAAACUGGGGAGCACCUGGUAAAUAUCAGGAAGAAUGGACGCCACAUCCCCAGCAGCCCCAUUACUGUGGUGAUCAAGCAGUCAGAGAUUGGUGAUGCCAGCCGGGUGCGUGUCUCGGGGAAGGGCCUGAGCGAGGGCUGCACCUUUCAGCCUGCUGACUUCAUCAUUGACACACGAGAUGCUGGUUAUGGAGGUCUUAGUCUAUCUAUUGAGGGCCCCAGCAAGGUGGACAUUAAGACAGAGGACCUGGAGGAUGGUACCUGUAAAGUCACAUACUGCCCCACUGAACCAGGAAACUACAUCAUUAACAUCAAAUUUGCAGACCAGCAUGUUCCAGGUAGUGCAUUCACUGUUAAGGUAACUGGGGAGGGCAGGAUGCGGGAGAGCAUCACCAGGUGUAGGAAAGCUGCCUCUGAGGCUGGUGUGGGCAGUCAAUGUGACCUCAGCCUCAAGAUCCCAGAAAUCAGCAUCGCAGACAUCACAGCCCAGGUGACCAACCCCUCUGGAAAGAGCCACAGAGCAGAUAUCAAAGCUGGAGAGGACGACACAUACAGCAUCUACUUCGUGCCCACAGAGAUGGGUGUCCACACUGUGAGUGUUAAAUACCAGGACCAGCAUGUACCCGGAAGCCCCUUCCAGUUCACUGUGGGUCCCAUGGGAGAGGGUGGAGCACACAAGGUCCGAGCUGGAGGGCCAGGGCUCGAGCGUGCUGAAGCUGGAGUCCAGGCGGAAUUCAGUAUCUGGACUAGAGAGGCUGGAGCUGGGGGCUUAUCCAUUGCUGUGGAGGGACCCAGUAAAGCUGAACUAACCUUUACUGACCGUGAGGAUGGAUCCAGUGGAGUGUCCUACAUUGUUCGUGAGCCAGGAGACUAUGAGGUGUCAAUCAAAUUCAACGAGGAGCACAUUCCCGACAGUCCCUUUGUCGUACCCGUUGCAUCACCUUCUGAUGAUGCCCGCCGUUUAACUGUUGCCAGUCUUCAGGAGUCAGGGUUGAAAGUGAACCAGCCGGCCUCCUUUGCUGUGAGCCUAAAUGGUGCCAAGGGUGUCAUUGAUGCCAAGGUGCAUUGUCCAUCUGGAGCUCUGGAAGAUUGCUUUGUGUCUGAGAUUGACAAAGAUAAGUACGCCGUACGGUUCAUUCCCAGAGAGAAUGGAAUUUACCUGAUUGACGUGAAGUUUAAUGGCUCUCACAUCCCUGGGAGCCCCUUCAAAAUCCGGGUUGGCGAGACCAGCCAAGCAGGUGACCCUGGCAUGGUAUCUGCGUAUGGAGCCGGACUUGAGGGUGGCAUCACAGGGGUUCCAUGUGAAUUCAUUGUGAACACCAGCUCGGCAGGCACUGGAGCCCUGGCUGUGACCAUUGAUGGCCCUUCAAAGGUUAAGAUGGACUGCAAGGAAUGUUCUGAGGGCUACAAAAUUACCUACAUCCCCAUGGCUCCAGGAAAUUAUCUGAUCUCCAUAAAAUAUGGUGGCCCUUAUCAUAUCGUGGGCAGUCCCUUUAAGGCAAAGAUUACUGGUUCUCGUUUAGUAAGAAGCCAUAGCAUGCACGAGACCGCCUCCGUGCUAGUGGAUCCAGUGUCUCGCAGCAUAACCACUAGUCAGCAGGAAGAGCCGUCAGAUGCCGGUCGUGUGGUUGCUAAGGGCUUGGGCCUAACAAGGGCCUAUGUCGGCCAGAAGAACACCUUUAGUGUUGACUGCAGCAAAGCAGGGAGGAACAUGCUGCUGGUUGGUGUGGAGGGACCCAGACUGCCUUGUGAGGAGAUUAUAGUGAAGCACCUGGGUAAUCGCAUCUACAACGUGACCUACCAGCUCAAAGAGAAGGGAGAAUACAUCCUGGUAGUCAAAUGGGGGGAAGAUCACAUCCCCGGGAGCCCAUUCCACUUCUCAGUGUAGCCUUGCCCUAUGCAAUCCUUCUUUCACUGCACUGGUUUCCACAAUGAACAUAAAGCACUUGAAAUGGCUUUUUUCCCACCUACUCUCCAUUACUACAUCCUUCUUCCUUUAUUUGAUCAACUGAGAGACUAAAGAUGCACCCUUGUUCUUAAGAGCUUUCAGUCAUUACUAUUUUGGUAAUGGGAUUCAACAGACCAUAAUUUUAUACUCUGCUACUUUUUCUUGGUUUUAGAGCACUGCUGUUAAAAGGUAAUUUACAAAGAAUUUAUCAAUAAGCUUGCUGCUAAUGCUAGCAAUAUUGCACAUCUAAAAUUGUGCAGAAUUUUCACUGAAGAGUGGUUUAAUAUACAGCACAUUUGGAAGUAAUGCUCAUCUUGCAGAAUUAAAUAUGUAAAAUCUGGGCUUCAGUUCAUACUUGGGUUGUUGUUUCAUACACUGCUAUAUAAUAUUUUUAUGACAAAAAUUUAAAACUUCAGUCAAAUUUUUUAAAACAUAUAUGCUAACAAAGAGAUGAAAGAAGCAGCAUUUUUAUCGGAUGUCCUUGGAAGAAUUGUUUAGGGUUGUUGAAUAACCUAGACUAACCGAACAAUCGUAAAUAACUAAAUGCGACCCUAUUUUAAUUCUGCUUAAUGGCAUUAUUUAAUCCAUUAAAAAAUAUAUAUUGUCCAUUUUAAGUAGAACUGAAACCUAUGUGGUGUUACUGUAUUUUUUAUGAUCAAAGUACCUACAUUAUGACAAAUAUCUACAUUAUGAAACACUUAAACUUGUGGUUAAGCUCCAGAGAUUUGGUUUUCUCCGAACUCUGAAACAUAAAACACUGGUUAACGCUCAUAAAUUUGAAGGUUAUCUUAAUCUGAUCGGAAUACAAUCUUCAUUUAUAUAAAUAACAAAAACUCCAUGUAACGUAGGAACCUCAUGCACUAAUAGACAUAAUGAAAAUGUGUUUUUCAAAUUCACAGCACCAGUAGUAACAGGAAAUGUAUAAACUAUACUGCAUCAAAAACAGCAUUUGCCUCCUUAUUUUAUUUCUUAUUUCAGAACUUCAGACAAAGAUUCUCAAAGGUGAACUGAAUGUUGUGAUUGUGUUGUCAUUUUCCCACAUUAUUCACUUUAAUUAUUGUCUUAAUGAGAGAACAAUACAUUAAAUAUAUUAUUUACAGUC